AUGUCAAAGAUUGAGAACCAAACGAUUUAUGGAUUCGUCACAGCAGAGCUCCGCCAGCUCAUGGGGCUGCGCGGAGCUGAGGGCCUCGACAAAGUCAAGGAAAUCGGCGGUGUUGAAGAAAUUUGUAAAAAGCUAAAAGUCGACCCCGUGUCUGGCCUGUCUACAGAUGACGAGAGGGACAUUUCACAGCGCGUUGCAGCAUUUGGAAGAAACUAUAUCGAACCCAAGAAGCCAAAAACAUUCAUACAGCUCAUGUGGGAAGCCGUUCAAGAAAUUACACUAAUUAUCCUCAUGGUUGCUGCACUGGUGUCAAUAAUUCUAGCAAUCGUCGGAUUUGUCGGGAGUGGAGAGAAGACAUCAGAGGAAUCUGUAGCGACUGGCUCAAAUGUGACUUUUUCAACGAGUACGCAGCUGUACUGCGUACCAGAAUCAUAUGCAAAGGAUGAAAAGAGCAAAAAUCACAAUCCAUUUAUCGAGUUUAUCGAAGGUGGUGCCAUCCUCUUCGCAGUCAUCGUUGUUGUCGUCGUCACGGCCUUCAAUGAUUGGACCAAGGAGAAACAGUUCCGAGGACUUCAAGACAAGAUCGAGUCCGAUCAAGUUUUCACGGUCGUCAGAGGCAACAAGUCAAUCGAAAUCGCCAUCGCCGACAUUGUCGUGGGAGACAUCUGCCAGAUUAAAUAUGGCGACUUACUUCCUGCUGAUGGAGUUAUCAUUCAGUCAAACGAUCUCAAAAUCGAUGAAUCCGCAAUGACAGGUGAAUCUGAUCACGUGAAAAAAUCCGUGGAAAGAGAUCCUCUUUUGUUUUCCGGAACUCAUGUCAUGGAAGGAUCAGGAAAAAUGGUCGUCACUUGUGUUGGCGAAAACUCACAAUCUGGACAAAUCUUCAAGCUCCUCGGUGCUGGUGCAGAUUCUGACGAGCCAAUGGCUAAAAAUGAUGCUGAAAACCCGGCUGCUGAUGCAAAAGCCCAGACCAACGAUGCUAAGGAUAACGCAGAAACUGAGAAACUUACUGCUGGAGGAGAAGGAGAUGAUGGAGAAGACAAGUCAAUUCUUCAGGCAAAACUUACAAACAUGGCUUUGUUGAUCGGAAAGAUGGGAAUCUGGGUUGCUGCUCUCACUGUGCUCGUUCUUAUCAUCAAACUCAUGUACUUUUCUGGCUUUACCGGACUGAAUACGGAAACGGACGACAACUACGACUUCAUGAAUAGCAAUUGCACUGACGAUGACGAAUACUACACUGCUCAAUCUGGUGAUAACUAUGCAUGCCUCGACAAGAGACCGGCAUGCGCGUACAUCUACUUCAAAUACAUCCUCAAGUCUCCCCUUGCUGUUACUAUCUCCCUCGCCUUUUCUGUCAAGAAGAUGAUGGCUGACAAUAACCUUGUCCGACAUUUAGAUGCGUGCGAGACCAUGGGAAAUGCAACGAUCAUUUGCUCCGACAAAACUGGAACGCUGACGACGAACAGAAUGACGGUCGUACGAAGCUGCCUUGGCGGUCACGUCUACAAUGUAGCUCCUAAAAGCGGGGUUACGAGCAAACUUAUUGACCCGCUCGUCUCGUGUAUCUCAAUAAACUCCUCGUAUACCUCGAAGAUCAUGCGUCAAACUGAAGGUCAGGAUAUCCAAGUCGGAAACAAAACCGAGUGCGCGCUCCUUGGUUUCGUCCUUGCCCUUGGUCGGGAGUAUGAUGAUGUUCGACGAAUUCACCCCGAAGAGAAAUUUUUCAAAGUCUUUACUUUCAAUUCUGCUCGAAAAUCUAUGUCAACUAUCAUCAAAAAUGCUGAUGGAAGCUUCACAAUGUACACAAAGGGAGCUUCCGAAAUCAUCAUCAGAAAGUGCAGCUCUGUGCUCAACGGUGAUGGUGAAGCUAUUCCCUUUGGCUCAACUGACCGAGAAAACGUUGUUUCAAAUGUCAUCAGCCCAUUUGCUGAUGAUGCCCUCCGAACGAUCGGCCUUGCAUACCGACAUUUCCCCGCUGGUGAAGCACCAGCUGAUUGGGAAGAUGAAGCAGCAGUCAUCAGCGGAUUGACUCUAAUUGGCAUCGUUGGUAUUGAGGAUCCAGUUCGCCCUGAAGUGCCAAAGGCCAUCGCUCAAUGUCAGCGAGCUGGUAUCACUGUGCGAAUGGUCACUGGUGAUAACGUUGCUACUGCAAGAAGUAUCGCUACGAAAUGCGGAAUUCUCUCGCCUGACUCUCAAUAUACUGUCAUGGAUGGCAAGGAAUUCAAUCAGCGAAUCAGAGAUGGCAAUGGCGUUGUUCAACAGAGUCUUCUUGAUCAGGUCUGGCCUAAUCUUCGAGUCCUCGCCCGAUCUUCGCCAACGGAUAAGCAUACUCUUGUCAAAGGCAUCAUCGACUCAAAGAUAUCUUCAAAUCGGGAAGUUGUUGCUGUUACGGGAGACGGAACUAAUGAUGGACCAGCACUUAAAAAGGCUGAUGUUGGAUUCGCGAUGGGCAUUGCUGGUACUGACGUAGCGAAAGAGGCGUCCGACAUUAUCUUGACAGACGAUAACUUCACUUCCAUUGUGAAGGCUGUCAUGUGGGGACGCAAUGUAUACGAUAGUAUCGCUAAGUUCCUUCAAUUCCAGCUGACCGUCAAUGUUGUCGCUGUUGUUGUCUCAUUCUUCUCCGCAGCCAUUAUCAACGAUCCGCCACUCAAAGCUGUCCAAAUGCUCUGGGUCAACCUGAUCAUGGAUACAUUUGCAUCUCUUGCUCUUGCCACUGAACCGCCAACUGAGGACCUUCUUCUCAGAAAGCCUUACGGUCGAGACUCUCCACUUAUCAGCAGAGAAAUGGCGAAAAACAUCCUUGGACAUUCAGUCUAUCAGCUCAUCGUUGUUUUCUUGCUCCUCUUCAAACAUGAUCUCUUCGGCAUUGACGAGAGCGGAAUCGGCGCUGGCCUCACAUCUGGACCAUCUGUCCACUUUACAAUCAUCUUCAAUACCUUCGUCUUGAUGCAGUUGUUCAACGAAAUCAACGCCCGAAAAAUUCAUGGUGAGCGAAAUGUCUUCAAGGGCAUUUUCGACAACUUCAUCUUUGUUGGCAUUAUGAUUGGUACUUUCAUCGUCCAGAUCCUCAUCGUUUUGUUCGGUGGCAGUGUGAUGUCGUGCAACGGAGAUUUGAAGCUAAUUCAUUGGGCUGUCUGCUUCGGACUCGGCGCCUUCGAACUCGUCUGGCACCAGCUUAUUGCCUGCAUUCCUGCUAGCCGACUUCCUAAAGGCCUUGCGAUCGGAUCCGAUGAGCCUAGGCGUGGAAGCCAAAUAUUGCAGCGACGUAUGACCAUUAUGGAUGUUUCGGGGCAGGCGAAGGAAGAAAACCACAAAAGCGGCCAACUCUUGUGGUUCCGAGGCCUCAACAGAAUCCAGCAGCAGAUUCGUGUUGUCCAUGCUUUCCGCUCUUCUAUGUAUGAGGGGCAUCCCCUGGGUCCUCAAAGAUCCUUCAGUAGUAGUUCUUUCAACUCGGUCCAUCGCUUCUCAGCCUCUCCGUUCAAGAGCGGCCUGGACGCGUUCGACGAGCGCGACGAGACGAGCACCAACAACGGCGGCCUCUUUGACAACGUCCAAGUCAAAAACACUGCCGUCUUGUUGCCGACCAAAGCCUAG